AUGGCUGAUACAAGUUCAACGAUUUCACCAACUGCGGAGGACUAUACAUUGAGUGCGAGCCUCAAUGCGGCGAUGUUGUUGAACUUUUUGAUAGGGAUAUACAUGAUGGUGUACGGAGGGACGGUAUACCUAUACUGUUCGAGAAAGCCGUCAAAGAACCAUCUGAAUCGGCGGCCGGUUCUGCUGACGCUGAUGUCAGUUCCGUUCACGCUCGCGUUUGUGGACUUCGUGCUGCAGUGGUAUCUCCUCAACUGGAGCUUUGUGACGCAAGGCGCAACGCGCGAGACCAUUUUCGAGGCGAUUGUGCUCAGCCCCAAGGCGGUGGCGGCGGUCAUCGAGUUCGUGCAGGGGUUCCUGCUCGUUCUCUCGAGCAUGUUGCUGAUAUGGAGGUGCUAUUACCUCUGGGACGAGGAGGUUCGAGUUGUCACUGCCCCAUUGGUUCUUCUGGUGGUACAAAUUGCUCUCGCGAUCACAAAUACUGUGCUAGUCGGAACGACUCAGCGCACGCUCACACAGUUAAAGAGCGAUCUGCAGCGACACAUGACGGCAUCUUUGGCGUUUGUGUCGUUCGGUGCUGCCGCAUACACUAGCCUGCUCAUCGCCUACAAGCUGCACAAAACCUCUUCUGAGACGCGAACUGAGAAUGAGACGCGGAUUUCAGAAGCCUGGGCAGCUUGUCGCCGUAUGUCGGAUGCGGUUGUUGAUUCGUCUUCCGCAGUUGCCCUGGUGCUCCUGGUGAAGGCUGUUAUGACUGUCAUUGGGCCGUUUUGGGAUUUAGAAUCCCCGUUAGUUGCGGCUAUUCCAUACGUCCAGGCUGUUCUUGAUGUAACUACGGGUAUGGCACCGACCAUCAUGAUCGCGCGGCUAGUGGUAGCAAGCGCAGAGAAGGCCAAGACGACUGGAACGAAGACCCAUGUGUCCCGCCUCGAUUUUAUCGCACACCAGGCAACCGACAAGUCUACUAACAUCACUCGACUAACACAAUCGCAGCUCACGGGGUCGGGGGGAGCAAGCGAUAUCGCAGAUGAGGAGAAAGCGGCAGUUCUUGAUUUGAAGAAGGAUUCUGCGUCACAGGGGGAUCUUCAGACUUGA